AUGGAGUCCUCCGACGACGGGGGCUCCGGGCCGCCGGCGGCGGUGGGGAUGGGGAGUCCCGGCCCUUCGUCGGUCCCCGCGGCCGUUGGUGGUGCGAGUAGCGCACCUGGCGCGUCCGGAUCCGGGGAGAAGCCACCGGUGAAGCGCGUCAUGAAGACGCCCUACCAGCUGGAGGUUCUUGAGAGGACGUAUGCAGAGGAUUCGUAUCCAAACGAGACGAAGCGGGCGGAGCUGUCGGUGCAGUUGAAACUCACGGACAGGCAGCUGCAGAUGUGGUUCUGCCACCGCCGGCUCAAGGACCGGAAACCGCCGGCCAAGAGGCAGCUGAGGGACGAGGAGGUUAGCGUCCCAGUCAUAGCGCCGCCGCCGCCUGUGCUUCCGCCUCCAUUGCCACCCAGCGAGAUGAUAUUAGGGACUGUUGGAACCUAUGGUGAGCAGCUGCCGCCCUAUUCCAGGAGAGGGCCUGGCCGGUCAUCGGCUGUGCCUAGGCUAUCUGUGCCGGAGGUUGGGAGGAGAUACUAUGAGCCACCACAAGUUAUGCUGCCUCACAUGGCACCAGUGCACCUUACGCAAGCUGAGCACCAGGUGAUCGAUUCUGUGGAAGCACUUAUCGGGGAACCUUUGAGGGACGAUGGGCCAGUGCUUGGUAUUGAAUUUGAUCCACUUCCUCCUGGUGCAUUUGGCGCACCUAUCGUUCCUGUGCCACCAAAGCAGCCCUUCCGAUCAUAUGAGGCCAAGAUGUUUUCUGGGCAUGAUCCCAAACCCAUGAAGGCUUCGGCAUUCUUGCCUACCACAGACCCUUUACUUCCAAAUACAGGGAAACGAAAGUCCUUGGUUGGGUCUUCUCAUCUUGGCUCACAGGCAGUACAUGAAUACCAGUUUCUUCCUGAGCAGCCAAGUGACACAUAUGAGAGGGCAAGCCAGUCGCGCUUCUAUGAUGCUCCAGCAGAGGCGUCAAACUUGAGGGUAGCUCCUCUGUCUACAGGUUCACGCUUUCUACAUGGACUUGAGCAGGCACCUGGCUAUACGUUUCACAGUCAAUCAUCUGGUUCUAGCCAUUUGGCUCAACGUGGCAGAUCGCCCAUUGCAUCGGCAUUGACAGAUCAUGAGGGGGCUUUGUCAAAUAUUAAUGCAGCUCCAAUCCACGGCCAAUUUGGCAUACCUCAAGUUCCCGGAUUCGAAAGCUCCCUCGCAUCCUCUGAAAGAAUGGGAUAUCAUGAUGAUGAUACAUAUCGUGUGGACAGAAAGCGCAAGCAUAAUGAGGAAGCUAAGAUUGCUAGGGAGGUUGAGGCUCAUGAAAAGAGAAUCAGAAAGGAGCUUGAGAAGCAAGAUCUGCUGAACAAAAAGAGAGAAGAACAAAUGCGGAGGGAAACAGAGAGACUUGAUCGUGAGAGACGUAAGGAAGAGGAGAGGUUGAUGCGUGAAAGACAGAGGGAAGAAGAGAAAUUGCAAAGGGAACAAAGACGUGAACACAAGCGUAUGGAGAAGUUUAUGCAGAAACAAUCUAUAAGAGCUGAAAAACUAAGACAAAAAGAGGAGCUUCGACGAGAGAAAGAAGCUGCGAAGCAGAAGGCUGCUAAUGAGAGGGCUACAGCACGUAGAAUCGCGCGAGAGAGUAUGGAAUUGAUGGAAGAUGAGCGCUUAGAACUAUUAGAACUGGCCUCUCGUAGUAAAGGGCUGCCCUCGAUGGUUUCUCUUGAUAGUGACACAUUACAGCAGCUUGAUUCAUUUAGAGGAAUGCUGGGAAAGUUUCCUCCUGAAACUGUGAAACUGAAGGUGCCUUUUUCAAUAAAACCAUGGGCAGCUUCCGAGGAUAUUAUUGGAAACCUUUUGAUGGUUUGGAAGUUUUUGGUUACCUUUGGUGAUAUUCUUGGGCUUCCAUCAUUCACAUUGGAUGAGUUCGUGCAGGCUCUUCAUGAUUAUGAUUCAAGGCUCUUAGGUGAAUUGCAUGUUGCUCUGCUGAAAUCUAUCAUUAAAGAUAUUGAGGAUGUUGCCCGGACUCCUUCAGUUGCUUUAGGCGUAAAUCAGAGCAGUUCUGCUAAUCCUGGAGGUGGCCACCCACAAAUUGUUGAAGGGGCGUAUGCUUGGGGCAUCAACAUACUUAACUGGCAGCGCCACUUGAACUUUCUUACAUGGCCUGAAAUAUUGCGCCAAUUUGGUUUAUGUGCUGGUUUCGGGCCUCAGUUAAAGAAAAGUGAUGCUGAAAUUGUCCAUCACCGCGAAGAUAAUGAGAAAUCUGGACUGAGAGACCUUACAACAAAGUGCGCGCCGGAGUGUGAAGAAGUGGAGAAGGAUGUGGAUGAGGCUGAAAGGGAUGAGGAUUCUGAAUGUGAUGAUGCUGAUGAUGACGCUGAUGGUGAUGACGUGAAUAUUGAGGACAAGGAUGCCAAGUCUUCCCUAGUUGGAGCUCAAUAUGGUGCACAAAGUACAGUAGUUGGUGACAUAAAGAAAGAAUCAAACAGUGUGAUGAACACAUCAGUGCCACCAAGCAUUCAGAUUAAAUCUAGCGCAAGUGUACCAUUGCAUACUUUAGACAGUAAAGCAAGUUCAACAGAUCCAGAAGUUGGAGGUGAUGCUAAAGACACUGAGAUAGACGAAAGUAACCAAGGGGAGUCCUGGGUACAGGGGCUAGCUGAGGGUGACUACUGUGAUCUUAGUGUGGACGAACGCCUCAAUGCUUUGGUUGCGCUUAUUGGUGUUGCCACUGAAGGAAAUUAUAUCCGUGCAAUUCUGGAGGAACGCCUUGAAGCAGCAAGUGCUUUAAAAAAACAAAUGUGGGCUGAGGCACAACUUGAUAAGAGGCGUACAAGGGAUGACUUUACUAGUAAGACACAGUAUGAUUCUUGUGUGGGUAUGAAGGUUGAUACAGAUCAAGAAAAUGCUGCUGAAAGUACCCUUACGCCAGUGCAUAACCCUAUUAAAAACAAUAACGGAAAUGCCAGUUUGACGAACAAUGAUUUGCUUGUUGACAAGCAGAACCAGCUUAUUACUGGUGAUGUAUUUCAUCAGCGGAAUGGUGUAAGCCGAGAAUUGAGUAUUAACCCCGAAAGCUUGUCUGUUCAGCAAUAUGCUUCAUCUGAGAAAACUAGAUCUCAGUUGAAAUCCUUAAUAGGUCACAAGGCAGAACAGCUUUACGUGUACAGAUUGCUACCCCUUGGACAAGAUCGGAGACGGAACCGGUAUUGGCAGUUUUCUGCAUCUUCAUCAUCCUAUGACCCUGGUUCAGGAAGAAUCUUUUUUGAAUCUAGAGAUGGAUACUGGAGGGUCAUUGAUUCAUCUGAGGCGUUUGAUGCUUUGGUAGCUUCCCUUGAUACUCGUGGCAUCCGUGAGUCACAUCUGCACUCAAUGUUGCAAAGUAUCGAGCCAACUUUUAAGGAAGCUGUUGAGAGGAAAAAGUGUGCUAGUUUAGAACACACAACUGGUCGGACUUUGAAAAAUGGAAGUAAUGAAAGUCCAAACUGCAACAAUGAGUUUGGAAGUCCAUGCAGUACCCUUUCUGGUGUUGCUUCUGAUAAUCUUAUGGCAUAUUCAGAUACUUUCAAGAUAGAGAUUGGGCGCAAUGAAGCCGAGAAAAAUUCUAUCUCGAAAAGGGCUUCCGUGUUUCUGAAAUGGAUGUGGAGAGAGUGCUAUGGUCACCAAUCCACAUACGCCAUGAAAUAUGGAAAGAAGCGGUGCCCUGAGUUGAUUCAAUCUUGUGACCAUUGCUACCAGAUAUACUUAGCUGAAGAAAGGCACUGUCCUUCUUGCCACAAGACAUUCAAACCCAUUUACAAUUUCUUGGAGCACUCAUCACAAUGUGAAGAAAAACAGAGAACAGAUCCUAAUUGGAAGACGCAAAUUGUGGACUUUUCUGUACCUGUAGGAUUGAGAUUGCUGAGGCUGCUCUUAGCUACCAUUGAGGCUUCAGUACUGGCAGAAGCUCUCCUACCUUUUUGGACGGAUGGGUAUCGAAAAUCUUGGGGUGUGAAGUUGUAUUCUGCAUCAUCUGCCGAAGAAGUCUUGCAGAUGCUUAGUGUGCUGGAAGGUGCAAUAAAGCGAGAUUACUUAUCAUCUAACUUUGAAACAACAACUGAGUUGCUUAAUUCAAAAACACAAGAUGCUACCCAGAAUUCAGUUGGAGGUUCUGCAUCUGCCACUGUACUUCCAUGGGUUCCUGACACUACCGCUGCUGUCGCCUUAAGAUUGUUAGACUUGGAUACUUCCAUCUCAUACGCACUUCAUCCAAAGUUGGGUUCAAAUAAGGAGCAAGAAGCUGGAGAUUUCAUGGAUGGAGCGUUGCUAACUAACAGCAAUGGUCGUAGAGGUCGUGGACGGGGAGGUAGAGGAGGUAGCAGGGGAGGUAGAUCUCGUGGUCGUGGUGGUAGGAUUCCCAGGGGUAUUGGCAGCUCUUCCAGGAUUCAGUCCAGGGAUGACAAUAGUGUGCCCUAUGGGAGAGCCCCUCGAAAGAAUGCACGCGGUGGGCGUAACCGUGGCCGUGGCUGUGGACCUCGAACUGUUAGACCUCGGCAACCAUCCGAGCUCAGUGCCAGAUCAAUUCCAAAGGCAAACCUAUUGGGCAGCUUUAGUAUGUUAAGUAAGGCAAAUCACACUGGCACUAUGCAUUCUCCUGAGAGCUCAGGUGCAGAAGAGUGGGCCUUGGAGAGAAGGGAAUAUGUCAAGGAUGAUGAUGACAAUUCGGUUUCUCAAUCUGACGAGUCAGAGGAGGAAAAUGGUGAGCCUAUGAACGAGGAAUAUGAUGAGCAGAUUUCAGUCUAUCCAAGGGACAAUUCGGAGUCCAGCCCUGUACAAAUGAUGGAUGAUGCGAGUGACGAUAACGAUGAGGAUGCUGAAGGAGAUGAGGGUGAGGAUGAUGGAGAGGACUAUGAAGCUGAAAAUCCUGCUGGUGAUGAGGAUGACGAUGUUGAGAUGGGUGGGGAUGAUGACAUUCGGGACGACGACGAUGACGAUGGUGGAGAUGGAGCAGCCAACGCAGAUGAGGAUGAAGGUGAUACAUCAUCAUAUUCUUCAGAGUAUAGUGAAUGA